AUGGCUGACCCCUUGUCCGUCGCCAGUGGCGUGGCCGGACUUGUCUCCCUCGGCAUUUCCACCUGCAAUGGCCUUCACAGAUACCUCGAUGCCGUCAAAGGCCGCCAAGAGGACAUCACAAAGGUCGCUCAGAGAGUCCGAUUGCUCGAAUCAACUAUUGAGGCCCUUCAAGACUGUGAACGCAGACUUGGCGGGCGAUACGAGAGAGCCGCUACGACUGUAGCAGUCUGCCUUCAACUCUGUGGGAACGAGUUACGGGCGCUUGAAACCACCAUCAAGGCACUCCAACCGCCCAGCACUCCAUCGAAUUCGAUUAUGAACAAGUUGGAUAGAGGCAAACUUGCACUGACGUGCCCAUUCCACCGCCAGAAUCUAUUGCAGGUCGAAGAUCAGCUUUCGCGGGUGACUGGCAUUUUGAACACUGCGGUACAAGCGUUGACACUCAAUGUCAAUAUUGGCGUCGUUAGCGAUGUUGAAAAGUCCACAGCCGCGAUAUGGGACGCCUUUGUCACCAUGCAGGAGUCGUUAGCAAAAGUGAAAUGCCAACUGGAGUCUGCUUCUUCAACUGUUGAGCGAACAGACCAGAAAACCGUCACCAUUUCAGCCCAAAUCGAAGGGUUGUUGGGUUCCAAGCAAGACACCUCCACACCUCGGGAGAUCCUCCACGAGUUGGUCAUGAAAUCCACUGAGCAAUCGGUACAGCUGAGCAGUAUUGGACAGUUGUUGGCGUACAAACCAGAGUAUCUGAACCUCGGACAAAGGCCCAUCGCCAGCCCAGAUUUCACAACAGCGCCGCUCGGAGCCCCGAACUCUCAUGGAUAUUCUCGAAAUGCACAACCACCGCAGAGUAACAUGGGAUCAAGCGAUUUCCAUGACCUGUGGAUAUCAGCUUGUACCUGCCGAGAGUUCCACCGUGGCCGGAGUUAUCAGAAGUCCAACUUUUACCGCCAAUCAUGGGGUCCAUUUGCCUUCUUAGUUCGUAAGGAAAUAUGUGGGCAACACCACCCUGGCUGUGUACUUCAUAGCCCUAACCAGUUGACAUCAUCAACCAACCUGAACCUUUCUUUCACCGGACUACGUUCUACCCUUUCUCGAGUAGUUGGUGUAUCACUAACGCUGAACUGGAAAACUACAGAGUGGACUAUUGCGCCAGCCUUGCAAGCCUACCGUACUGUUGAUUCGCGGUUCAGUCCUGCGUUCCAGCUUUUGGCCGAUGAUACUGAGAUCAGAGAUCAGUUAAUCCUUACCUAUCCGCGCGAUUCAGGCCGACUGGUGGAACUUUUGCAUAAGUUGAAGCAUCGCUUGCACAUGAUUUAUAUGUCACGAAGCGCAUCCCCGCUCGAUGUUGAUGAGAAAGGCAGGACCUUUCUCCAUCGAUUAAUGAGUCUUCUUUCGCCUCAUUUAUCAAGUCAUGAUGAGGGCUUUGUAGCUGUAUUUCGCGCUCUUAUUCAUUAUCAUCGCGACAUUGGUGCCAGCUUCGACGCCACAGACAUGAACCAACGUACAAUCUUUGAUAUUGGCAUGUUUCCAACGGCCGGUUCAUUUGCAAGGGCAUAUGAUGUAUUGGAUGAAGCCGGAGUAGUAGCCCCAAUCACAAAAGUAUACAAUGGCUUUUCGUAUUGCUGGUUCGAGCCGAGUUUUGUGCUGCUUUUCAAUAACCGCCAGGACAUAGCUGAAUGUAACAGUCUCCAAUACUUAUUCAAAUACGCAGAGGCUUACAUUGUCACAGCCUUGCAAUUCUAUGGUACUCUCUCUAUGGCUAUAUUUUAUCAAUCAGAAAAUAGAGUACGGGCCCUCCUUGAGAGCGAGCUUUUGCCUCAAUGCCUGUCCGAAAGGGGAGAAUCCGAUCAAACAGUUUUACAUUGCUGCAGCAACUGGGCGGCAGGGUUGCGACUUCUCUUCGCUCAUAAACAGACCCAUGAAUUGCUCAACACAACGGAAAUAUCGAAUAGCCCUCCGGUAUUAUAUGCUCUUGAGUCGAGUGGACGCGCCUGCAAUGCGGGUGAUAAAUGGGAAAUGUGCCACGACUGCGAUUGCUAUGUUCCUCUCGAAAUCUUCUUGGCUAUGGACUGCAGCCUCUAUCUCUUUGAUGAUCUUGCCCUUCGAGUAUGCUCUUUAAGGGCUAGGAUUAUGUUUCUCGAGCACCUCAGGAACAGGCGAGAGCGGCUCAAACAUAUCGCAGGACUCGCUCUCUCCCCCAGGCAUUUAGCAACAUUUGGCGUGGCACAGGGCAGAUUCCCCGAAGCUUCUGCGGCAGCAUUGCUCCAAACUCUACGCCAGCAGGGCGUGAAUAUUCCACCAGCUCUGGAACUUGGUCCCUUCGAGAUUAUUUCUAAACACAGUUUGUAUCACAUUAUCCACUGUAGCAAGGUCGCUGAGUUGGCAUUUAACAUGGGAUUCAGAGAUGUCGACACCCUGGAUGACCGCGGGUUCACGCCCCUGAUGGUCGUACAUGUUCCUUUUCCUAAUCUGGACGCAUAUGAACAAGUGUUCCAGUACUACAAUUGGUUGCUUGAGAAGGGUGCAAAGCUUGACGCUUUCUCGAAUCAAUUACACAUAUCUGCUGCGCACCAUGUGGCAUCGAGCAUCGGAAGAUUUGCAGGAUUUGGGCGACAUGGACUAUUUGGCUUCCUCUCCAAACCCGACCUUGACAGCCUAUCCCCAGAAUCGAAGAGACUCUGUUCAGUGGUGUGCAACCUCGAGGUGUUUGCCCACAUUCCUUGUGCUUGUGGAAGCAGGGAUGGGUGUUUGCCGUUGAGUAUUCUUCUUACUGAAGCCCAUUCCACUAUGGAAAUGCUCAAUAUACACGGCUCGGAUAGGUUCGAGCAUUCUGUAUGGUUGGUCCAAUGGCUGUCUGACACAAUCCGCGGUUUCGAUACCUCGAUGCCCACGCGGUUGAUCAUUUUUCGGUCUAUGACUAUGGAUGAAUUGGGCAUACGUCAUUUAUGUUCCGAUUGGAAGUUCUACGGAUAUGAAUAUGAGGUGUGGAGAGAAUUGCAAGAAGAAUGGGAACAGAUAUUAGAUGAGGAUAGCUCACUUAUCGAGGAGUUGGAGGAGUUGGUUGACGAGUUUGAACAGGAGUACGCGCGCCUCAAUGUUCCACUUGUUCAGUUCCUACGAGGCUACUGGAGAAUGAGGAUGGAAGAGGUACGGGAAGCCAGGUUGGGAGACUUACAUGAAGACCAGAAGAGGGCUCUCAGAGAAAUUGGAGUGGUGAUGGAAAUCUAA